CGAUUCGGUGACGGUUGGUGCGCUAUCGGAAGGAUAACUCUACGCGGUCGGUCCUUGGUAGUUUACGAUAUGGCGACGGAACGACGCGACGUCGUGUGUUUGAAAGUGAAGUUUUAAUUAUUGGUGGUACUACUACGGCAACGACGGCUAGAAGUUGGACCUCCGUGCUUCUUCUGGAUAACAUUGUCUGCACGGAUUCGUGAGAGCACGGCCUGAAGGAAAGUGUUGGCCGGGUGAAGAUACGGCAGCUGUAGCAGAAUUUCACGUCGGAGGGUGGUAACAGUAUUAGCAGAUGAAUCUGGACACCGCCGUACGGUGUUUCCGAGUGGAUGGCAGUGAGUUGUAUGUCGGUUGAAUUUGGGUAAAAGUGUAUAUGGAAUAAGGUGCACGUGCAAGCUAGCGUGUCCUUGGUCGCUAUCUGAAGAGGGUUCUGUGGAGGGCGAUCAGGACCGAAGCGUGGUGGUGAAGAAAUUGCGGAAUUGCCAAUGCUAAACACGUGCUGUGAGUGGCGACGAAAAGUGCAUCGCUGCGUUAUGAAAAUUAAUUGAAUACAGAAUUUCCCUGUGUAGCACCGGAAUAGAAGCUGUUGUGCAGUAAAAGUGGCUGCUGAAAAUUCAUAAUUAAAUUAGUGGAUAAUAGCGCCGCACGGUUGCAGAACGCUGCAAAAGUUGUAGCAGAUUCCAGACCAUCAUCGUCGUUUACGGGCCAGCUAGCUAUCCAGCGAUAAUGUAAUUCAUAGGAAAAUGGUCCAAACAAAUAAAAGCGCGCUAAUAAGCUAAAAGUGUGAAAAUCACUGGCCCCACGCUCAAGUUUUUACUAGAUCCUGAUCCGGAAAAUGCUCGCGAGUGUUCAUAAUUGAAUGAAAUCGGUGUGCAAAUAUUCAAUUACUAGCAAUACGUGGAAGGUAUUCUGAAGUGUAAAAGUACGGAAGUAAAACAACAGGAGCUUCAGUUUAGUGGUAAACGGGCAGAUUUUAAUGUGCUCUGGCCGAAAAUGGCGAAUCCAGCCAAAUUGUGGUCCGCAUCGGCAGGAGGAAUGGGGCGACUUCUAACGGUGUUUAUUGUUGUGUUGUUGUUUUGGGGGUUGGCCUCCGGUGAACCAUACGGGGGUGGAGGCAGCAAUUCGGCAGGUGGAGGAGGACUCUAUGGCAGCGAGCUGCGGUGUCCCCGGCUUUGUUCCUGCACCGGCCAAACGGUGGACUGCUCGCAUCGAGGAUUGACGCAGGUCCCGAGGAAACUCCCGCUGGAUACCGAUAGACUAGACCUGCAGGGCAACAACAUCACCGUGAUAUACGAAUCCGAUUUCCAGAGCCUGUCAAAGUUGCGAAUACUGCAACUGACCGAUAACCAAAUCUACACGAUAGAGAAGGAUGCCCUGAUCGAUCUCAUCUCGCUGGAGCGAUUACGACUUAAUAGCAAUCGCUUAAAAUCAAUACCAGAUAAUUUUUUAUCGAGCGCUGCUAAUUUAUUACGAUUGGACCUUUCGCACAAUGGCCUCUCGGCAAUUCCAAAGCGAGCCUUCAAGGGGGCCACUUCAUUGCGGAGUUUGCAGCUGGACAACAAUCAGAUCACCUGUCUGGACGAACAGGCCGUCAAGGGGCUGGCGGAGCUGGAAAUUCUGACACUAAAUAACAACAACAUCACCACCCUGCCCCGGGACAUGUUCACCGGAAUGCCCCGACUUCGGGCCCUGCGCCUUUCGGAGAAUCCGUUCGCCUGCGAUUGUCAUCUGUCCUGGUUGGCUCGGUAUCUGAAGAAUUCGCCCCGCCUCGCACCUUAUACCCGGUGUCAUUCACCGAGCCAGCUCAAGGGCCAGAACGUUGCCGACCUGCACGACCACGAGUUCAAGUGUUCAGGUCUCACCGAAAAUGCCCCAAUGGAGUGUGGCGGCCGGAGCCUCUGCCCUCAUCCUUGCCGGUGUGCCGACGGGAUCGUGGACUGCCGGGAGAAAAGCCUAACCAGCGUUCCCACGAUGCUACCGGAGGACACAACCGAACUCCGUUUGGAGCAAAAUUACAUCACCGAAAUCCCACCGAAGGCUUUCGCCAACCAUCGGAGGCUGAAGCGGAUAGAUCUGUCCAACAACAACAUCUCCCGGGUGGCUUACGAUGCCUUCAGUGGCCUCAAAUCGCUCACUUCGCUGGUCCUUUAUGGCAAUAAAAUCAAGGAUCUGCCGGCGAGUGUGUUCAAGGGAUUAGCAUCCCUCCAGUUGCUGCUGCUCAAUGCCAACGAAAUCACGUGCGUGCGGAAGGAUGCCUUCAAGGAUUUGCAGAAUCUCAGUUUGCUGUCGCUGUAUGACAACAACAUUCAGUCGUUGGCCAACGGGACGUUCGAUGCUCUCAAAAGCAUCCAAACGCUACACUUGGCUCGUAAUCCCUUCAUUUGCGAUUGUAAUCUUCGAUGGCUCGGCGACUAUCUGCACCAGAACCCGAUCGAAACGAGUGGAGCCCGCUGUGAUGCGCCCAAACGUAUGCAAAGACGCCGCAUCGAGGCGCUGAAGGAUGAGAAAUUCAAAUGCAACGAAGAUUACAGCAAGGUUAAGUACGCCGCCGAGUGCCGGAUGGAUCAGGAAUGUCCAGCUGCUUGUCACUGUGACCGUACGACGGUGGAUUGCUCUGCCCGAGGGUUGAAGGAAAUUCCCAGAGACAUUCCACUGUACACAACUGAACUUCUCUUAAACGACAACGAGCUAACCCGAAUCCGUUCUGAUGGGCUUUUCGGCCGACUGCCCAACUUGGUUAAGCUGGACCUGCGCCGCAAUCAGAUCUCCAAUAUCGAACCGAAUGCCUUCGAGGGAGCCACCAAAAUUCAAGAGCUGUUCAUCAGCGAGAAUAAAAUCCCAGAAGUGCACAACAAGAUGUUCCUGGGUCUUCACCAACUGAAGACGCUAUCAUUGUACGACAAUUUGGUGACCUGCGUCAUGCCCGGAUCCUUCGAAUUCCUCUCGUCACUCUCUCAGCUAAACCUUGCGUCGAACCCGUUCCGUUGCAACUGUCACCUGGGAUGGUUCUCCGAUUGGCUUCGCAAGAAGCAACUGGGAGGACCACCAGCACGUUGCGCUUCGCCGUCCAAGGUGCGGGACGUUCCAGUCAAAGAUCUACCACACUUCGAGUUUAAGUGUACCUCGGACGCAGAUAUGGGAUGCCUUGGUGAAGGUUACUGUCCGCCGUCGUGUACCUGCACCGGUACAGUGGUCCGCUGCUCCAGGAGUAAGUUGAAGGAAAUUCCCAAAUCUAUCCCCUCGGAAACUACGGAGCUGUACCUGGAAUCGAACGAGAUCUCCAUGAUCCAUACCAGCAGGAUCAGCCACCUCAAGUCGUUGACUCGAUUGGAUCUGAGCAACAACCGAAUUGGGAUCUUGUCGAACCACACCUUUGCCAACUUGACUCGUCUCUCAACGCUGAUCAUAAGCUACAACAACCUGCAGUGCAUCCAGCAACAUUCGUUAGCUGGAUUGAAGAACUUGAAGGUACUCUCGUUACAUGGAAACCACAUUUCGAUGAUUCCGGAUGGGACGUUCACUGAUCUUCAAUCUAUCACUCACAUUGCCUUGGGAAGCAAUCCGCUGUAUUGCGACUGCUCGUUGAAGUGGCUUUCGGAAUGGGUCAAGAGGGACUACGUCGAACCGGGAAUCGCUCGCUGUGCUGAGCCGGACUUGAUGAAGGACAAAUUAAUCCUGUCGACACCGGCAGCGCAGUUCACCUGCAAAGGCAAGAUCAGCAACGAGAUUCUGUCCAAAUGUGACGCUUGUUACACCUUCCCCUGUAAGAACAAUGCUGUGUGCAAAGCGUUGCCAGAACGACAGUACGAAUGCCAGUGUCCUCCGGGAUAUCACGGAGAUCACUGCGAGUUCAUGAUCGAUGCUUGCUAUGGAAACCCAUGUAGAAACAAUGGAACCUGUACAGUGAUGGAAGAAGGCCGCUUCAGUUGUCAAUGCUUGUCUGGAUAUUCGGGAGCACGCUGUGAGAUAAAUAUCGACGAUUGUACAGAUCAUAAGUGUCUGAACAACGGAACAUGUGUCGAUGGGGUGAAUUCCUACAGCUGCGCUUGCAUCCCGGGUUACACUGGAGAGUUUUGCGAGGCAAAGAUCGAGUUCUGUAGCAACGACUACAAUCCUUGCCAGAACGGUGCUAAAUGUGUCGAUCAUUCAACUCACUACACCUGUGAAUGUUCUCCAGGAUAUCGAGGAAUCAACUGUAGCGAGAACAUUGAUGAUUGUAUCAACCAUUUAUGUCAAAAUGGAGGAAGCUGCGUCGAUGGAAUCAACGAUUACGUCUGCAAGUGUCCGCCAGAGUUUACUGGAAAGUUUUGCGAGGGAACACCAAUGGUGGCUAUGCUGUACCCUCAAACUUCACCUUGUCAACAUCACGAGUGCAAGUUUGGAGUCUGCUUCCAACCCAAUCCUUCCAGUGCUGAUUACAUCUGUAAAUGCGCUCCGGGUUACUCCGGAAAACGUUGUGAAUACCUCACGAGCCUAACAUUCCUCCACAACAACUCUUUCGUUGAGCUUGAGCCGUUGAGAACCAAACCUGAAGCGAAUGUAACGAUCGUCUUCAGCAGUACUCAGCAAAAUGGCGUCCUCAUGUACGACGGUAACAACGAACAUCUUGCUGUCGAGCUCUUCAACGGUCGCAUUCGUGUUAGCUACGACGUUGGCAACUAUCCAGUAUCUACGAUGUACAGCUUCGAAGUGGUCGCCGAUGGCAAGUACCACAUGCUGGAGCUGCUGGCUAUCAAGAAAAACUUCACCCUUCGUGUCGAUCGCGGCCUAGCGCGAUCAAUCAUCAAUGAAGGAAACAAGGAUUACCUGAAACUGACUACCCCUAUGUAUCUCGGAGGACUACCCACAGAACCCGGUCAGCAAGCGUUCAAACAGUGGCACCUCCGGAACCUAACCAGCUUCAAGGGUUGCAUGAAAGAGGUUUGGAUCAACCACAAGCAGGUAGACUUCCUCAACGCAGCCCGGCAACAAAAAGUAACUCCCGGUUGCGCUCUCCUUGAUUCGGAAAGUGAAGGCGAAGUUGAGGAGGACUUUAUGCAGGAGACUCCAAUGAUCUUCAAGGAGUUCGAUCCGUGCGAAAAUCACCAGUGCAAACGGGGCGGCAAGUGCAUCCCCAACGGCAAAAACGGGGGCUACUCGUGCCGGUGCAAAAACGGCGCCAAGGGCAAGUUCUGUGACCAAGGUGAGGGCUCGGUCUCGGUCGUCGUCGACGAGGAUCCCUUCAAAGUUCCCCCAUCUUCCGGCUCAUCCUGCCGGAAGGAACAGGUACGAGAGUACUACACCGAGAAUGAUUGCCGAUCCCGGCAGCCGCUCAAGUACGCCAAGUGCGUCGGAGGCUGCGGAAACCAGUGCUGCGCCGCCAAAGUCGUACGACGAAGAAAAGUACGCAUGGUGUGCAGCAACAAUACCAAAUACAUCAAGCACCUAGACGUUGUGCGCAAAUGCCAUUGUACAAAGAAAUGCUACUGACUGCAAGACGCGACUACCCGAACAACAUCAAUAACACCAACAACAAUAAUACC